AUACCAGACUGGCUUUAGGAAUGUGCCGUGGCUGACUGUCAACUAGUAAGGGGGAAAACUCGUAUUGAAGUGACUAUACUAGUUCGUGUGUGUUGUAAAAAGGGGAACUAGGAAUCAUUCAAACAAUUAUUGUGAAAAAAAUAAAAUAAAAAAAUAGAACAUUUGAGUUCAGCAGUGCGGAUUAAAGCGCAAAGGAACUCUUUAGCUCAUGUUGAAUUGAAUUAAACACUUUGAGGACAGAAACUUAGAGAUUGAUGCGGCAGUCGGCCAACUCAAGAAUGAAACGUAACACAAGCCUCUAACUGGAAAUUUUUAUUUACACUCUCAGACACUUAGAAAGAUGGACAAUUUACAGAAUUCACUUCCGCCGUACUUGUUCCCUUCCGCCUAUUCAGUUAGGCCGCAAGGAGUUGUGGGAUAUCAAAAUCAAACAAGCUUUUCACUGGGCCCCGUAGGUUAUGCCCCCACCCCAACAAGUGGAGUGGGUGUUCCGGGAGUGCAGCCUUCCUUGUAUCAACAGAGCCCACCAUUGGCUUACGCGGGUAGCAUGGGGAACAUUGCGGUGCCGGCUCUGUCUUCCGGCUUGAUCCAGACGCCCCUGGCAACAUACGUUCCCGUUCCCAACGCUAACCUUCAGCAAGCGCUAGCUCAUCAGCCCUCAAGCGAAGGUCAACAGCUGCCUUGGUCCCUCCAAACUGGCGCUGUCCCCAAUGUGGUCCCUUAUGUUCAGGUCCUUCCAAUGCCCGCAACCAGCACACACCAGACUGUGACCACUCAGACAAGUCCAGACAUCAUCCCCGAGAACCCCGGUAGUGCAGUCCAGGAGAACGGACUCCGAGGACAUGAAAACAUUGAUUACAGCGCAAGUGCAGCCACAGCACCUCAAGGAGCUGAGCCCCGGCCAGUUUCUCCAGAAAACGUUCGUCCCGCCAUGCCUCGCCAGAACAGCAUCAUCACAUCCAUGCCGAAAAAGCUGAACCCAUCUCUUCAGCUCAGAUCAUCCAGCGGUUCUCAAUCCCCAGAGUCUCGGGGCUCAAAAUCGAGACUUUCAUUUGAAAGCAGAUCGUCCACAUCUUCCGUGGCAUCUCCAACCACUGUGUCUUCCCCAGUGGCUGGCAGCGAUCCAUCUACACACGUGCUCCCUUGUUACGAGAAACCGGUUAAACGAGACCAAUGCCUCCGAUGCUUCAAGAAAGUGUAUCCCAUGGAGCAGGUGGGCCCCAUCAAGGAGGUCAUGUACCACAAGAACUGCUUCACUUGCAUCGCCUGCGGCUUGCAGCUCAACCUGAAGAACUUCAGCCACAACACUAACGACCUGGAUGACUUGAAUGUCUUCUGCGUGGCCCACAGACCAAGGGAGAAGUCGGUCUCAGUAGACGCCACUGCCAUCACAAUUGCCAGGGCACUGAAUGUCCCCAAACUUGAUAAGGUAAAUGAACAAAUCCGAGGGGACCGGUAUCCUAGCGAGGUGUUAGCCAGGUCAUUCUACAGUCAGCCAGCGGCCAGCGCGUUUGUCACACCAAAGGAGAAUGUCUACUAUGGUAUGUCUUACGACGAAUUGCAGCGACAACGACUGCAGAACCAACGAGAAGCUGAGCUCAACAAUCGGGCGUACCAGCCGCCUCCAGGGAACCAAACGCCUCAGCAGGAGGAUAAGCUCAAUUAUCAGGCGUACCAGAUGCCUCAACAGAACCAGACACUGUUGCAGCAUAAUCAACAAGAGGCUGAGAUAAAUUACCAAGCGUUCCAGAUGCCUCCGCAGAACCAGACACCGCGGCAGCAGAAUCAACAAGAGGCUGAGAUGAAUUACCAAGCGUAUAAGAUGCCUCCGCAGAACCAGACACUGCUGCAGCAGAAUCAACAAGAGGCUGAGAUGAAUUACCCAGCGUACCCGAUGCCUUUGCAGAGUCAGACGUCACUCCAGUGGAAUGAAAGUUACGUCAUCAGCACUGUUGUUAACGGCGAUAAGUCGCCGUCAUUUAACGUCAGGCACGAUCGGCAGGUGUCCAAUGACGAGGUCUUUGAGCCAUCCUACUACGGGAACGGAGAUGGCCGGAGAUCUCCGACAUUGUCCGAAUCGUCGCAUUCGUCCUCUACAUCUGUGACCAUCCGACGCAACGACAGGCCCUCCAUGGAUGCUAUAAUGAGAGAGCUAACGGCCAAGAUAAGUAUUUCACGAGAGGAUGGUGAACCCGAUUCAACCAGUGCCACGUCGAUUAUGCGGUCCGACAGACCAUCUAACGCAUCGUCAGUUUCCACGUCACCAACUCGACUCAGCGGCGGAGCAAAUUUCAGACAAGAAGAUGGAAUCAGCGUUAGGAGCUCAACCGGAAGUAAUCAUAGCGGCCAGGAUAGCAUUGACCUCAAUUCUUCCUUCUCUUCCCAAGGCCGUCUGAUGGCUUCUACAUCCUCUUUGGAGAGGUCAGACCGACCAAGCUUGACGUCAUCCAUGGACGGGAGGGAGAGGUCGGAGUUGACCGUCGUGUUAGGUCAAUCAAAGGUGGCUCACUGUACAGUGGUUCCGAUUGACCCAAGUCGUUAUCUUCCUAAAAAUGAAACAAGAAGAAUGGACAGACCAUCACAAUACCCAUAAUGAUAUAAAAACAAAAUGUUUUUGGAAGUAAUGUGGCAUUUGUCUAACUUUAAUCUCCUUCUAUGAUAUCGUGUGGAUUUAUUGGCUGGUAAAAAUACUGGUUUACACGCUGAAUGGAAAUAUAAGAUAUAUGAUAUAGUAAGGCUUAUCACAAAAGUUUUUAACAAUGAAAAAAACUAACCAUAAAAACAGCAAUGACAAUAUUAAGAAAUAUGUCCGAAAUAAUCUUCUAAACAUUAAAACUUCAUUAUAUAAAAAAAAUGUAUACACAACUAAAAAAAUAUCAUUAUCAAAGUUAUUUUUUUUAAAUUAAAGAGCAAUAAUCAUUGUGUGUUCCAGUCACAACUUAACGUCCAUUACGUCCCUUGUAUGUACAUAAAACUAGUUCUAAACUUUACAAUAGCGUAUUUUAUAAUUAUCCUUUAAAUAUGAACAGCGAAUUCUAUAGAUAAUCCUACAAAUGAUAUAUUUAUGUGAAAGUUUAUUUUCAGGAAGUCAGGAAGCAUUUUUUUUUUGACCACGUGACUGAGGUGUAACACGUGACUGAGGCGUAACACGUGACUUAGGCGUAGAAAUGUACACUGGAGGAGGGAUAGGAACUUUGAAUUAAGAAAAGAUGUGUAUAUAGGCAUAAUCUACUGUCUAUCGCAACAACUUUUUUUUAUUUUAGAAAAUCCAAUGAUCUGUAAUGUUCUUGCUCUGAUGUGUAUUGUGAUAGAGAUACUGCAUUGAUUUGUUUGUUAUUACAUUUUAUUAAUGUAAGAAUCAUAUCCCUAUACGCAGAUGUAGUGUUUUUGUGAAACAAUUAGAGUAUCAAUUUUAAAAGUCUACAUUUUAGUUUACAACUAGCACAUAUGAAUACAUACAUAUAUAUAUAUAUAUACCUAGGAGUAUACACAUACAUACGUACAUACACACAUAGGGCCACAUAAAUACAUCCAUACAUGCACAUAUUCACACAUAUGCUGUGCUAGAGGCCUACUGUAUGUAUACACAUACAUACGUACAUACACACAUAGGGCCACAUAAAUACAUUCAUACAUGCACAUAUUCACACAUAUGCUGUGCUAGAGGCCUACUGGAAGGUACAGAAGCCGUCAUAAUCAUUCCACAGCUGCGCUGGGUUGAACACUUGUUCCGCGCGGGAGAAGACCAAAGCGGAUAUUUUUUUAGGCGAACUUCAAUGAGGACGUGCGUAACAGAGGUGGCCCACCCCCCACCCCAACCCGGAAGCGCUAUAAUCGUGAACUCUUGAGCCAUUUCGUCCCCAACGGCUUAGACUUCAGCGGUUCUCAACCUUUUAAGCUCGGCGACCCCUUUUUAGAAUCCCAAAGUCUGCCGCGCCCCCCCCCUUGCUCACAUACACAGCAAUAGAAGAAUAGACAAAACAAUCCAUUUUUUUCGAUGGUCUUUGGCGACCCCUGGCAAAUCGUCAAUCGACCCCCAAGGGGGUCGCGACCCACAGGUUGAGAACCCCUGGCUUAAAGGAAGGCAGCUCUGGCAGCAGUUGGCCUCUGAGAGAGAUAGUGGUAGAGAACUCAUGAAGGCCACGGGAUACAAAUGUGAAGCCCAAAGAUAAUCCCAUGCGGAAGACAGGCACAGGAGACGAAAAGAAAAAAAAACUUAAAUAGACUCCCCCCCCGUCGGACAAUGACUUAAUCGCUUUGUCUGCAUUAGAUGUGACGAUAUCGGCAUGUCACAAAUGGGUUCCCUUAGUCAUGUGACAUUAGGCUUACUCAAACUUCAUUGCAUGUAUUGCAUGCUUUGGUCUUCUCCCGGGAUAAGUGUUCGACCCAUUGCAUGGCAUGUAUGCAUCCCUUGUGUGACAUUGGGCAUAAUCAAAUCUCCAUUGCAUGUAUUGCAUGCUUUGGUCUUCUCCCGCGCGGGAGAAGUGUUCGACCCAUUGCCUGGCAUGGAUGCAUCCCUUGUGUGAAGCUGUAAGAGAAGGGGGCGUCUAGGUUAAUGUUUACGUGCUGCCAUGGGCGUCUAACACACCCCAGCAUGAGUUGGGAUUUGAACUCAAUCCCCCAUGAUGGGCAACCUAGCGGUUUAUCCCACUCAGCCUUACAUAUAUUGAAAAAAAAACAAAACAAAAUAACGCCCGAGAGUAUUGUGACGACAAUGCUGACUACUCGACCAGGCAGCCAUUCUUCUGUCAGACAGACAUCUUAGAUUUGCAUAAUAUCUUCUUAAUUCCAACCUGACAAUGACUCAUGGGAUAGCUCUGGUGUUUUAGUGUCAGACUUUUUUUGUUUACACUGUUUUCGUGACACAGGAAAAAGUUUUUCUUUUUCAAUCUUGACUUCUCAAUAUAUUAUUUUAUAUAUUUGGAAUCGAAAGAGCGCAAUCAAGUUAUUUUAAAAAUAUUUUGUUAAUAUUACAUUUUUUUUUCAAAUUUCAAAUCCUUUUCACAGGAGUAGAAUUAAAUAAGAUUAUGUGUAACUGGAGCACAUCUGCUGAUAUGGGACAUGAUUAACAUGUAGAAAUUGUAUCAUUUGACUUUUCCAGUCUAAUCAAAUCAUGAGCAUACAUUACUAUAGUACUAUUUAUUUAUUCAUAUAUGUACCUAUAUAUUUAUUCAAACGUUUAAACUCGUCUUCCUAUAUCUAUGCCUGAAACCCACUGUCAGAAAGCAGUAGGGCAAUAAAAACAAAAUUGAGAGCCACAAUGGGUUUCUCAGAGCCCAAAAGACUUUGACACAUAUUUAUAAUUAUCGGAUACAAAUGCGUAAUAACAUUAAAUAAAAACAUUUAUACAUUUUAACUCUACGAUGCCAUAAAAAAAAAAAAAACAGUGAUGAUCAAACUACGGCCCGCGGGCUAUAUCCGACCCGUGACAUGGUGCUAUUUGGCCUUUCGAAACUUCGACUAAACGAAGCCGCAAAGGUCCAGUCUCACUGGCCCCGGCCAUAUUUUGACCCGUGGCUCACCUGUUUAAAAAUUAUAUGCCCACAGGUGAAAAUAAGUUAGGGGCAGCAUCGACAUAGAAAUACUUUACAGCAGUUUUAGACUUGAUCAAUGGCGAGAAUAAGGUUUGGGAAUAUAAUGACAGUAAUAGAUGAAAACAAGAAUUAAACCAUUUUUGCAUCCAAGACAAUCAGCAUAAUCGUUAAACGAAUCAUACGAUAACUAUAUUUGUUCAUUUUGUUUUGCAAGAUGUAGAUCUAGGUGUAGAUGAAGAUUCUAUUUGCUAGUAAAAUUGGAAACACUUUUAACUCUGUAGUUACCCAAGUGUCGAAUAAUUGUCUGACCAAAAUACUUAUGUUAUAUAAAAUGAGUUAAAGAAAAAAAAAAGAAGUUGCCUCCCUACGAGCGCCAUUCAAAACAGCAUGGCCAGUAUGACUUAUUGCUAUCUAGGUCAGGUUCAAACAAAAUUCAUUUUAAAGAAUGUAAUGCAAGGUACAGAUGCUAGACUCUACUUAGCUAUUUGUAUAUAAAACCAUAAACAUAUACAAGAAUGUUACUCAUAUAAAUAAAAUAUAUAUAAAAAAAUGACAUUUAAAUGUACACCACUUACAGAUAUUUUCAUAUUUAUAUCAUGACUGUUUUAAAAUAUAGACUUAUUUUGGAAAUUUUUUGGAAAAGAGGGGGGGGGGGUGUAUUUAAGAACGUCAGGAGACUUGAAUGAAAAAUAAUCGUAACUGGGUUAAGAACAAACAAAAGGGUUUAAACACCCUAUAAGUUAACAUUAAAAUAAGUGAAACUAUUCUUUUUCUCCAUUAAAAAGAAACAUUUUUGUUUAGAAAUUCAUUGUGAAGGCAUGGUUAAAUCAGAACUUAGAAUCUCAUAUGGAUUCCAAAACUUUUGUAAAAUGAAUUGACCUUAUUAAGAUACAUACUAUAAACAGUUCCGACUGUAUGUUUUGUACAAAAGACCAAAACCGCUUUCAAAAUAAUGUUGCUGCAAAUAAUAAAAUAUAAAUAUUAUGAUA